GGAAAUGUCAAUGUCAAUUGUCUAUGAUAUCUCGUUUUGGCGCACGCGGAAGUGGCUCUAAUCAAUUUCCUUUUCCUAAAAAUUUUCAAAUAAUAUUUAUGUUAACUUUAUAAACAAGUUAUCUGGCUGCAUAAUUGUUUUUUUUAUCUUGUUAUCAUAGUUCAUAACGAUUGUAACGCUAUUAGUAUAUGUAUUAACAGCGAAUCAGUAGGCGAAGCUAAUUUUGUUUGUUGUCUAAAAUGGAAGUUACAGAUAUUAAUGAUUUGUUAAAUGUGCGAGCUAUUAAGAUGGAAAAUAGUGAAAAUGGCUUCACAGAGGAUACGGAAUGUGUUGAGACGUCUGAUCCUCUAUCAGUGAUACCGCAAUACGUCACAGAAUCCGAUCUAGGCCUCAUGCAAACCGGCACGGAAAUUCUUGAAGGUCCAUUGACUGUUUUCAUGGACACACAUGAUGAUGAAGACACGAUGCAGAGCACAGAUUCGAGUGAGGAGCUGAUAGAAGUAGUUCAACUAAUGGACAUAAGGACGAGGCUGUCCCGCUUGAAAUCGAUGCUGGAGAGACGCCUCAACACCGAUCUAUCCGACUACACAUUCUGGCUGCAAGAUGCUAAAAUGUUAGAAAACCAUAAGACUCUAGUCGAGCAAUGUAUACGUGGUUCUGGUGUCGUCCAAGUUAAUAUACAAAUACGAUCCUUCCAGAAGAAAAUCAAUAUAAUGGAUGUGCUUAAACCUGAUGAGGAGCUUUUGCAGCUCCCGCAAGACGAAGAGUAUAUGGAAGAGCUGGUCCCUCAAGCUCCGGAGCCUCAGGCGGAAGUGGAACAGCCCCACGCAGCUGCUGUUAAAUGGGUGGUAGACGCUAACUUCCGCACCGAUCACAGCCGAGCCAGAAUACCGGAUGAUCCGGCUGAGUGGUCUGUGCAACAUGUGAAGCUUUGGAUCCAGUGGGCGGUUCGUCAGUUCAAUCUCCGAGGAGUACGCUUGUCUGAUUGGGCGAUUCCCGGCCCUGAACUUUGCAGUCUUUCGAACUUGCAUUUCAAAGAAAAAGUACCUUCUGACCCAGGGGACUUAUUCUGGACACACUUCGAGUUGCUAAGGAAAUGUAAAUUUAUAGCGGUUGUUCAGAACGACGAACAGACGUCGGUUAAGGAUGUCCUAGAAAUGCCACAGUCUGCUAUCAAGAAAAAACCGAAACAGUUAAUAAUUCGACCGUCAGACGAAGACGUAUGCCCGUACGUCACGUCCAGGAACGGAAACAAUGGUCAGAUACAACUGUGGCAGUUCCUGCUGGAGUUGCUGACCAGCGCUGAAUAUUUCGACGUCAUAAGAUGGCACGGUACGGAAGGUGAAUUCAAGUUGCUGGAACCGGAGCGGGUGGCGCGUCUCUGGGGCAAGAGGAAGCACAAGCCGGCGAUGAACUAUGAGAAGCUGUCGAGGGCGCUCCGGUAUUACUACGACGGGGACAUGAUCGCCAAGGUCGCUGGGAAGAGGUUCGUCUAUAAGUUCGUGUGCGAUCUACGGCAGCUGCUCGGCUACGGAGCGGGAGAGCUGGCUGAGCUGGUCAAAGAGGUGUACGACGCGAAGCUGACCGAAGAUAAUGUUGCCAUGACAUAAUUAGUUGCAUAUAAUGUACAAACUAGCUGAGAGCCAGUUGCGGGUUCAAAUCCAGACGAGCAGUUAAAUAUAAUGGUAUUUAAUUUAUGUUUUGUCAUCUUAAGCUUGAAGGAAAACAUCGUGAGACGAGUUUGUCCAGAGCAUCAGCUAAUGGAUUAUGCUCAAAAUGUUCUCGAAUUGUGUGGACGUCUUUGCCCAGCUGUGGGAAAUUUACUUUAAAAUACUUUUACUUUUUCUGAUAUAUAUAAUACGCGUAUAUCAUUAGUAAAAUUUAAUCGACGUAGACGUGAUGAGUUGGUUCGCAUUUAAAACGAUAUUUAAAACGAUAUAUUCGGGUCGAGGUGACGCUUUUGUAAUGUCCUAACUGAGUAUACUAAACCAUUA